UUUUUUUUUUUUUUUUUAUAUAUAUAUAUAUAUCUUUGUAAAGGUCGGUAUUCGAGGUUCCCCGGCAGCACUAUAUUACCUUCAAAAACUCGGGCUAUUGUGGUACACCGCAGGGGUGCCCUCAUGUUGUUGGAUUGUGGGGUAAAACUUCAAUUAAUCGGGAAUAGCGGCCGUUUCUCGCUGUUUUCAAAGUUCCAACUUAUCAACGUCUAGGUACUGCAGGAUCCGAACGGCUUGUAUACCAAUUCUUCCGGUGAAGAUUGAUUCCUUCAGUAGAUGUCGAUCUGCCCUGUGUUAUUUGUCUGUUCGUCCCGAGAGGUCUCGGCUAAUACAGACAUUCUGUGUCUCAAGAAUUAAUAACCACCAAAUCAGCCAUCAUGUUCAGUCGCACAGUAGCUCGCGCCAGCCGCGACACAACGUUUCUUAGAAAUCGUUAUUCGGUUAACUUAAUACGGCGGUAUUCUGCUGUAAAUGACGAGCGAUCCUCUCUCCCCUUGGCGGGUUAUCGUGUUCUGGAUAUGACUAGGGUCCUGGCCGGCCCAUAUUGUACACAAAUUCUAGGCGACCUUGGAGCAGAAGUUAUCAAGAUUGAGCAUCCUACGCGCGGAGAUGACACGCGGGCUUGGGGGCCUCCUUAUGCCAAAUACCGAAACGGAUCCAACCAAGAAGGCCCGGGCGAGUCUGCCUAUUUCUUGGGUGUCAAUCGCAACAAGAAAUCUUUAGGCCUGUCAUUCCAACAUGCCGAGGGCGUGGAGAUCCUGCAUAAGCUGGCAGCAAAAUGUGACAUUCUCGUAGAGAAUUAUCUCCCCGGAACGCUGAAGAAAUAUGGGAUGGACUUCGAGACGCUUCAUGAAAUCAAUCCAGGCCUCAUAUACGCCUCGAUCACGGGAUAUGGCCAGACCGGGCCUUCCUCUCAGCGGGCCGGCUACGACGUCAUGGUCGAAGCGGAAUUCGGACUGAUGCAUAUUACUGGUAACCGAGAUGGACCACCAGUAAAGGUUGGUGUUGCGGUCACCGACUUGACGACGGGACUCUACACUAGUAAUAGCAUUAUGGCUGCCCUGCUCUCCCGGGCAAAGACCGGUCGAGGUCAACACAUCGAUGUCGCACUGAGUGACUGCCAGACUGCCACGCUGGCAAAUAUUGCCAGCAGUUGUCUCAUCAGCGGGAAGAAAGACUCGGGCCGAUGGGGCACGGCUCAUCCAUCGGUAGUUCCGUACAAGUCAUUCAAAACUAAGGAUGGCGAUGUCUUAUUCGGCGGUGGAAAUGACAGGUUAUUCGGUAUUCUGUGCGAUGGUCUUGGCCAGCCGGAAUGGAAGACGGAUCCAAAGUACAGCAUCAAUUCGCAGCGGGUAGCAAACCGUAUAGAGCUCGAAGCCGAAAUCGAGAAGAUCAGCAUCCAGAAGACGACACAAGAAUGGCUGGAGAUCUUUGAGGGCAAGGGCAUGCCGUACGCCGCAGUAAACGACGUCCAGGGGGCGUUAAACCACGAACACACUAAAGCACGAAACAUGGUAGUCGAAGUAGAACAUGAGCAAUGUGGUCCGAUCAAGUUGGUGAAUACGCCGGUAAAAUAUAGCGAGAGUAAGCCAAGGGUCCGAACCGCGCCGCCAACUUUAGGUCAACAUACGGACGAAGUUCUCAAGGAUAUUCUUGGUUUCGAAGCUGGCGAGGUGGUUGCAUUGAGAGAAAAGGGGGCUAUCAGAUAGAAUAUGCCAAUAUUUACUAUUGAACUCCACGAAUUUUACGAGUUCGAGUAGCAGUCUUCAGUAACAAAUAGAAGUUGAAUCAAAAUACCUAUCCUUGCCAAAUGC